CUCGCUGACUGGCUCAGCAGUGAAAUCAUGGAAACUGCACUUUACUGUGUCCGGGCCAAAGUCGCACAGACCUGCCGCUGUUGCAGGGGGAGGCAAGCAGAAACAGGGACCCUAGGCCAGGCUCAGAGUUCUUCGGCGUUAUGGAGACCCUGGGUCACCACAGCCAGAGACACGGAGAAGCACAGGCGGAGCUCGUUUGGUUCAGUUCCUGAUGGUUCAGGGAGCAGACAAUCCUUGGGAUUUAAACACCCAGUCAGGCUGUACCUGCCCAGAUCCAAGGCUGACCACUACCUGCAUCUUAUGGGAGAAAAGGUUUUGGCGAGUUUCCCCGUUCAGGCAACAAUGCACUUUUAUAAUGAUGAUUCGGACACGGAAGAGGAGGAGGAACAGGAGGAGUUCGUGUCCCUUGACUUGGAAUCGGAAAAUGCUCCGGAAACAACGGAGAUGUUUUGGAAACAGUGAGGGGAGUCAGCGGAGGAGAUGGAUCGGCUUCAAAGCGGAAAGGCUGUCUUCCGAAAGUGAUAUGACAACAAUCCUGAACCCAACUUACUCCCAGCUCACAGUUCCUCCAGUUCAAUUUACCUACAACUGAUGCAAUUGCAAUUAUUAUUUGCAUUUAUCAUUACGAGGAAAUGACAAUUUGCACUGUUGUGUAUGUAUAUAUGAAUAUAUUUUCUACGUUUAUUUUAUGUAAGGUUUAAAAAUAAACUUUCACAUGGAGUUAAGAUUUAACGCAGAGCCUCCAGCUAAGCACGACUAACUACUAAAUUAGUAAAUUCCCUUAUAUAUCACUACACUUUAAAAAAAAACAACUGUAAAGUAUGUGUAAGCUCGAGCAGAGUUUCCAAGGCGCAUGGGUUGUGGUGGUUUCAAACAUUAUUCUUUCAUUGGGCUCUUUCUUUGGAAUAUUGGCACUAAAACCAGCAUUGAUGCGAAGUAAUUUCUCUCCACAAAGACACAAAGUUUACAGAGCGCAUGCACCCUGAAUUCGGAGGUAAAGGCUCUCCUGAUAUCCCCAGUACAAAUGGAGAAUCUUCCAUCUUCCAUCUUGGUGCUGGAGAAGCAAGGGAAGGCCAGAGGGAAAGAAACUGAGCUUACCGUGAACUUGUGCUCUAUCAGCAGUCGCCUGUCACUUUGGGCUGGUAGUGCAAUUGGACAAAGUGUGUCGUUAGAUUGUAUGGUGUUGGCUCUGAACUCCCGUCGUUAAGAUAAAAGAGGAGAUGAUAGUAAAAUAAAUUGUCACUUUGCACUCUGCUGACACAAGAACACAAGAAAGUACUAGCAGCAAUAGGCCAUUAUGUGCUUCAAGCCUGCCCCGCUGAUCUCUGCUGGCCUCAAUUCCUCUUCUGUGCCACUUCUUCAUAUCCUUCUAUUCCUCGAUAGAUUAAAUAUUUAUCCACAUCAAUUUUAAUACUUCUAAUGAUCCAGCCCCCAGCACCCGCCGAGGCAGAGAAUUCCAGAGAUUCACCAUCCACUACCAAAAAAAGUCUACAAACCUCAGUUUUAAAUGACCAGCCCCUUACCUUGUAAUUAUGUCCCCUCCUUGUUCAAGACUUUCCCAGAAUCAGGUUUAUUAUCACUGACAUAUGUUGUGAAAUUUAUUGUUUUGCGGCAGCAGUACAGCACAAGACAUAAAGACAUUAAGAAUUACUAUAAGUUACAAAAAUAAAUAAAUAGUUCAAAAGAGGAAUGAUGAGGUAGUGUUCAUGGUUUCAUGGACCGUUCAAAAAUCUGAUGGUGGAGGGGAAGAAGCUGUUCCUGAAAUGUUGAAUGUGGGUCGUCAGGCUCCUGUACCUCCUCCCUGAUGGUAGUAAUAUGAAGAGGGCAUGUCCCAGGUGGUGAAGGUCCUUCUUGAUAGAUGCCACCUUCUGAGGCACCGCCUCCUGAAAAUGUCCUCGAUGGUGGGGAGGAUUGUGUCCAUGAUGGAGCUGGCUGAGUCUACAACCCUCUGCAGCCUCUUUCAAUCCUGCACAUUGGAGCCUCCAUACUAGGCAGUGAUGCAACCAGUCAGAAUGCUCUCCACCAUACACCUGUAGAAAUUUGCAAGAAUCUUUGGUGACAUACCAAAUCACCUCAAACUCCUAAUGAAGUAGAGCCCACCAAGUACUGGCGUACCUUCUUCAUGAUUGCAUCAAUCAAUCAAUUUCACAUCAAUGUGGAAGCACUCCCACUAGUGAAAACAUCCCAAUAUCUACCCUGUUAAGCCCCCUUACAAUCUUAUAUAUUUGAAUAAGGUCACCCCUCAUUUUUCUAAACUCCAAGGAACACAGGCCCAAACUAUUUAGUCUCUCAUGGCAGGACAACCCUCUCAUCCCAGGAAUUAGCAUGGUGAAUCUCCUCUGGACUGUCAACAAUGUUACCAGAUUUUUUGUCUUUAGGUAAGGGGACCAAAACUGUCCACAGUAUUCCAGGUGAGGCCUCUCCAACACCCAGUACAAUUGCAACAAAACCUUUUUAAAUUCCAACCCAUUUUCAAUGAAGGCCAAAACGAAGAUUGUCUUCUUAACUAUUUGUUGGACCUGCCUGCUAGCUUUUUGAAACACAUCAUCAUAAAAGCCCUUCCACUAAUUCUCAGUAAUGCCCAACAAGUUUGAAGAAUACGAAAUAAUAUUUUUUUCUUCUUAAUGUUUUUUUUCCCCGAGUCGUCGUUCUGCAGCUCUGUCCUACCUCUCACAAAUGAACAAUAGUGAACGUGGCUUCUUGAUUAUCAGAUGCACAGUUAAGCUCUGUACUUCUGUCAUCAACCAUGCAGGUAUACAUUGUAGCCAAGAGUCAUUCAGAAGAGCGGUUGCUCUUCUAUGUACCUCAGUGCGAAUUCCCCAGCUAAGACCAAUUAAUUACUUCAUCAGAAAUUUAGCACUACUGAACUUGUUUUUAUUAAGUUUUAGAAACAUUUUGUGAAGAAAAGCAUCAUCCAUUCUGUGUCCAAUUGGAAAAUGUCAGGAAAUGGAACUAUCUUUCUAGUGGUGUGUAUCCAGUGUUACUCGGUCAAGUAUAACAAGGAUCAUAACCAAAGCAGGUCUUCUUUCAAUUAAUCAGCAGUGCACCUUCUACAACCUCAGCUACAUCUGCAUGACGUUCUAGUUUUCACUGGACUUUC